AGAGGAGCGGCUCUCGGCUGUGGCUGCUGGCUGGAGGCGGUGCUCCCGGAGGCAGGCAAGCAAGCAGGCGGGCGGGCAGGGCAGCAGUCAGACCGCAGCGGCUCACAGAGACCCAGCGACGAGGGGACGGAUCCCGUUAGAGAGGAGGAGGAACCAGCCGGCCGCACUGACUGACUGACGGACUGACGGCACCGCACAUUACCGCCGUGACAGCGUGUGUCAGCACGGAAACACCCAGCGGACCGCUUUUUCAUCCCAUGUAUUGGUAGAAAACAGCAGCCCGUCGUCACCAUGACAGCGGAAGAAACCAUAAAUGUGAAGGAAGUGGAGAUCAUCAAGGUGAUCCUGGACUUCCUCAACUCCAGGAAACUGCACAUCAGCAUGCUGGCCCUGGAAAAGGAGAGUGGCGUCAUCAAUGGACUCUACUCCGACGACAUGCUGUUCCUCAGGCAACUGGUGCUCGACGGCCAGUGGGAUGAGGUCCUACAGUUCAUUCAGCCUCUUGAGUGCAUGGAUAAGUUUGACAGAAAAAGGUUUCGUUACAUUAUCCUAAAGCAGAAGUUUCUGGAGGCUCUGUGUGUGAACAAUGCCAUGUCUGCAGAGGACGAGCCACAGCAUUUGGAGUUCACAAUGCAAGAGGCGGUCAAGUGUCUCCAUGCCCUGGAGGAGUUCUGUCCCUCGAAAGACGACUACAGCAAACUGUGUCUGCUCCUCACCCUGCCUCGUCUCACCAACCACGCUGAGUUUAAGGACUGGAACCCCAGCACAGCGAGAGUGCAGUGUUUCGAGGAGGCCUGCACAAUGGUGGCGGAGUUCAUCCCUGCUGACAGGAAGUUGAGCGAGGCUGGCUUCAAGGCCAGUGGGAACCGUCUCUUCCAGCUGCUCCUCAAGGGAGUGCUGUACGAGUGCUGUGUGGAGUUCUGCCAGAGCAAGGCGACAGGUGAGGAGAUCACAGAGAGCGAGGUCCUCCUGGGCGUUGACAUGCUGUGCGGUAAUGGUUGUGACGACCUGGACCUUUCGCUGCUCUCCUGGAUGCAGAACCUCUCCCACAGCGUGUUCUCCUGCGCAUUUGAACAGAAGCAGCUCAACAUCCAUGUGGACCGGCUGGUCAAGCCCGCCAAGACCGGCUACGCUGACCUCCUGACGCCCCUCAUCAGCAAAUUGUCCCCGUACCCCUCCUCUCCACUACGCCGCCCCCAGUCCGCUGACACCUACAUGUCACGUUCCUUGAACCCGGCGUUGGACGGCCUGUCCUAUGGGCUGUCAGGCCAGGACAAGAGAGGGCCUGGGGGCGACACAGCGGUGGGUAAAGGGGUCUCCCCCAUGUCCCAUUCCUUUGCUAACUUCCAGUACCCCGGAACAGGGGGCCAGAGUCUGAGCAGGAGUCUGCUGAUGGAGAGCUCUGACUGCCACAGCAUCUUUGAGGAAUCACCCGAGAGCUCAAGGACAGACACGCCUGUAGAUAAAAUGAUGAGUUCAGGUGGAGCUCAGAACAUGCGGCCUGCUUCAGCUCCUGGGGAGGACGCCCCAUCAGGUGGCUCUGCUGACAGGAAUGAGCUCCGAGACUCAACGGAGAAGUUUGAGGAGUAUUACCGGCAGCGUCUGCGUGUGCAGCAGCACCUGGAGCAGAAGCAGCAGCAGAGGCAGCUGUACCAGCAGAUGCUGCUGGAGGGAGGAGUCCAGCAGGAGCCCCCGCAGAACGACAUGCAGCACAGCCUCACCGAGAAGUUCCUCAACAGGUCUAUCCAGAAGCUGGAGGAGCUGAAUGUUGGGAUGGAGAAUUUAGGAGAGGAAGUACAGUCUCUGGCCCAGCAGUGUAACGUUAACGGGAACACAUCAGUCUUGGAGAACAACAACGACCCCUCGACUCUGACUCCAGAGCAGAACCGGUCCCAAGGGGGCGAGGUGCGCAGCAGCACCCCGCAGCACACAGUGGGAGGCCGCGCAGUCCCUCCUCCUAGCGAGUCUCCUGUCAUCUCCCAGAGCGGACAGAAACAAAAGGGAAGCCAGCAAGGUGACUCUCCCGGCUCCUUAUCCCGAAGUAAAGAGUGCAACAAGCCGAAGGGCCUGUUUGUGCCAGUGAAUACUCUGGAGGACACUCAGGCUAUUCGUGCUGUAGCCUUUCACCCCUCUGGGACACUUUACGCUGUGGGAUCCAACUCCAAAACGCUGCGUGUCUGUGCUUAUCCAGAAACACUGGACACAAGCGGAUCAGGUCCGACAAAGCAGCCGGUAGUCCGAUUCAAGAGGAAUAAGCACCAUAAGGGCUCUAUCUACUGUGUGGCCUGGAGCCACUGCGGCCAGCUGCUGGCUACAGGCUCAAACGACAAAUAUGUCAAAGUCCUGCCUUUCAGCGCUGAGACUUGUAAUGCCACAGGCCCAGACCUCGAGUUCAGCAUGCAUGAUGGCACCAUCAGAGACCUGGCCUUCAUGGAGGGUCCAGAAAGUGGAGGAGCCAUCCUGAUCAGCGCUGGCGCAGGAGACUGUAACAUCUACACCACUGAUUGUCAGAGAGGACAGGGCCUGCAUGCCCUCAGUGGACACACAGGUCACAUUCUGUCUCUGUACACAUGGGGAGGCUGGAUGAUCGCCUCUGGAUCCCAAGACAAGACAGUGCGCUUCUGGGACCUCAGGGUGCCCAGCUGUGUCCGAGUAGUGGGAACGGCUUUCCAUGGCUCAGGCAGCCCUGUCGCCUCGGUAGCAGUUGACCCCAGCGGCCGUCUCCUGGCAACAGGACAGGAGGACAGCGCGUGCAUGCUGUACGACAUCAGAGGGGGUCGCAUGGUCCAGAUGUACCGUCCACACAGCAGCGACGUGCGAUCCGUGAGGUUCUCCCCCGGAGCGCACUACCUGCUCACCGGCUCUUAUGAUACAAAGGUCAUGGUAACAAACCUGCAAGGCGACCUGACCAAGCAGUUGCCCCUCACUGUGGUGGGAGAGCACGGAGACAAGGUGAUUCAGUGUCGGUGGCACACACAGGACCUGUCCUUCCUCUCAUCCUCUGCUGACCGCACCGUCACACUCUGGACACACAACCCCUAGCGCAAGCACACACACACAUACACACCACUUUAUCAGUUGAACAUGCAAAUAUCCUCUCAUACACAUUUUGAUACACACUCCCCCUAACUCACACUGCUCCUUUUGCACUAGCUACAUCGUCAGACUCUUGCAGUGCACGACUCCACAGAUGUGCACAAAACCUGUGCAAACACACACACACACACAGUCAUACACAGGUGAAAGAGUCUGACCCCCUAAUUGUAGGAAACCAAAUGGAUACAAACCUGAGACGCAUCAAAAGCUACAUGUGGGUUUGUGUCAGCGCAUUGGUUCAUCUUUUCUUCACAGUAUGAGCAUUUCUCACACUGGCUGUUUUCAAACAAGAGGAUAAAACAUCAGUUUGGAUCAUUAACUGUCUUCUCUUCAUCCUUUUAAUCCGAGGGACGUUCUGUAUUUUUUCCACUCCCCUGUACUCACCAGUCACAGUCACUGCAUGUACAUUUAUUCAGGAGUUGGCUGAGGAUAGAUGCUAUAGUGCUUUGUUCAUGAUGGUGCCUUCCUUGAGUUCUCAGUUUCCAUUAAAAAAAAAAAAAAAAAAAAAGAUUAAAAAAAAAAAGUCAUUUUUCAAGAUCAAAUUUUGUUACUUCAUUUUGAGAAAAA